AUGUUAGGAUGCGUUUUGCUUAUAUUCGGGUUUUUGAAAAAAGGAACCAUAAGCUGUUGGGGAAUUGGAGGAGGUGAACAUAAGAUCAGUGCAUUGUCAGAUGUUUUGCUUGUGCAGAUUUUGUCAUUGGUUCCAACAAAAGGAUGCAGUGGUUACCAUGUUUUUGUCGGUCUGAUUGGAGAUGAGCCUACUAGCUUACCUGAAAGCCUUUAUAUAUGUGAUACACUUGUUUAUCUCCGUCUUUCUGGCAAGGUUUCUGUAGAUGUUUCUUCUCCGGUUUGCCUUCCCUCUCUUAAACAUCUUUACCUUGCUCUUUACCCUGAUGACAAAUUUAUGAGAUGUCUUUCCUCACUUAGGUAUCUCGAGAUAUGUUGCGUGUUGUGGGCUUGUGGCAUUAUCUUCUCCCAGCUUAUAGAGUGUAAAAUACGUCCUUGUGUGUUAGAUUGGUUUGAACCAUUAUUGUUGUUGCUUCAAAAUUCUCCUAACCUGAAAGUUCUUGUCAUCGAUCAGGUAUAUUAUCAAACUGAGCCUUUUCCACUUUCAUGGAAUCAACCGAGUUAUGUUCCCUUAUGCUUGUCAACCAGUCUCGAGAUCUUUGAGUGGAACAAAUUUCGAGGAAAACCUGAAGAGAUGGAAAUAGUAAGAUACAUCUUUGCCAACUCCAAGUGUCGAAAGAGAGCUGGAAUCUCCUUGAAUUCAAUCUUCUGGGGUCGAAAGGAUAUAAUGAUAGAGUUAGCACACAUGCCGGAAAUAACUUCAACAUCAUCUAAGCUUCACUUCUACACUCAACUGAAGGUUAAUCAUUAA